AGAAGAAGAAGCGGGAGGGGGGGGUGUAAACAGUAGGUCGCGUCGGUCAGAGUUUGCUCAGGUGAGUUCUGUCUGCGGCAGGAGGAUUCAUGUCUGCGCAGGUGACCGUGCUGUACUUCGCUAGGAGCGCCGAGCUGACCGGACUCAGGGAGGAGGAGCUAGUUGCCGUGCCAACUCCAAUUAGCAGCGGGGACCUGUGGGCUCUGUUGCUACGGAAACAGCCCAGGCUGGUGGCGCUGCAGAGCCGCGUGAUCCUCGCCGUACGCCGGCAGUACGUCGCCAUCGGCAACCAGCGGCUGAGCCUGCAGGACGGCGACGAGGUGGCCGUGGUGCCGCCGCUGAGCGGAGGAUAGAACCGAACCAGAACCGGACCGAGCU